GCUCCGCUCCGCCCCGCUCCGCUCCCCGCGGGAGGCUGCGCGGGUGCCGGUGCGGUGCGGCUCCGGUGCGGUGCCGGUGCGGAGCCGUCCCGCGCCGGCCAUGGCUUAGAGCGGCCGGCCGGGGCAGAAGAGAUGAGUUUCCCCGCGGAGGACGGCGUGGGCAGCCUGUGCCACAAGGCGCUGCAGAUCAUCUCCGAGCUGUGCCUGGGCGGGCAGGUGGAGCGGGAGAAGUGCGCCGGCAUCUUCCCCCUGGAGACCGCCCGCCAGGGCAUCGGCGGCACAGACAUCUCAGUCAGUCUGUUAGCAGUAGUCGUCAGCUUCUGCGGGCUCGCUUUGCUGGUAGUCUCACUUUUUGUCUUUUGGAAGUUGUGUUGGCCCUGCUGGAGAAGCAAACCUCUCACUUCCAAUGCCAGUAAUAUCCCUCAGAGCAACUCGAGUGCUCCCACAGAGGUUUUUGAGACCAGCGAGAAAAAAGAAGUUAAAGAAAAUGGGAAACCUACAACAAAGGUACUUGAAGCUGCAUUGAAAAUUAGCCACACUUCACCUGAUAUACCAGCAGAGGUCCAGAAUGCGCUGAAAGAACAUCUGAUCAGACAUGCACGCAUGCAGAGGCAGAUCACAGAGCCCACAUCAUCAUCAAGGCACAAUUCUUUCAGGAGGCACUUGCCAAGACAGAUGCAAGUGUCCAGUGUUGAUUUUAACAUGGGGACAGAUCCAAUUUUACAAAGGGGAGAGACAACAACCAGCAUUGGGAGAAUAAAACCAGAACUCUACAAACAGAAGUCUGUGGAUUCUGAUGGGCAACAAGAAGAUGUGAAAACAUGUGGAAAACUUAAUUUCACUCUCCGGUAUGAUUACGAGAAUGAACUUCUGGCUGUCACAAUUAUCAAAGCCUUAGAUCUGCCUGCUAAAGACUUCACAGGAACAUCCGACCCCUACGUUAAGAUAUAUCUGCUUCCAGAUAGGAAAAAGAAGUUUCAGACACGAGUUCACAGAAAGACAUUAAAUCCUGUCUUUGAUGAAACCUUUCAGUUUCCUGUAGCCUAUGAUCAACUCAGCAACAGGAAAUUGCAUUUCAGUGUUUAUGAUUUUGACAGAUUUUCUAGACAUGACAUGAUUGGGGAAGUAAUUCUUGAUAACCUUUUUGAAGUCUCAGAUCUCUCCAGGGAAGCCAAUGUAUGGAAAGACAUCCACUGUGCCACCACAGAAAGCGUGGAUUUGGGUGAGAUCAUGUUUUCCCUUUGUUAUUUGCCUACUGCUGGGAGAAUGACAUUAACAGUCAUCAAAUGUAGAAAUCUCAAAGCAAUGGAUAUAACUGGCUCAUCAGAUCCAUAUGUCAAAGUGUCACUAAUGUGUGAAGGUCGAAGACUGAAAAAGCGGAAAACAACCACAAAGAAGAACACACUCAAUCCAGUUUAUAACGAGGCCAUCAUCUUUGAUAUCCCUCCAGAAAAUGUGGACCAGGUCAGCCUCUCCAUUGCAGUGAUGGAUUAUGAUCGAGUAGGACACAAUGAGGUCAUUGGUGUAUGUCGGACAGGAAUUGAUGCUGAAGGGCUUGGAAGAGAUCAUUGGAAUGAAAUGUUGGCUUACCCACGUAAACCAAUAACUCACUGGCAUCCAUUGGUAGAGUUACCUGGCCGAGCAACUAGUUUUGAUAGCCAGGGAUCUUGUUCAUCACCAAAACCACCGCUUACACCCUAGGGAACAAGAGUGGAUUCAUCAUGUUCAAUGUCCAACGCUCCUAUGUAGCUCACAUCUACAUUAACAGAAGGUUUGGCUUCUGCAGACGAACUGUAUCCAUAUUUUUGUAUUAAAGCACAUUUUUCCUAUUCUGUCUUAUAUUACAGUUUAUAAUAAUUUCUUAUCUUAUGAAUGAAAUUGACUUGAGCUGAAUAUAAUCUUUCUUUAUAAAAAUCCAUUCACCUGUUUUCUCUCUGGCAUAUAUCCGGUGUCAUAUCCAAGUAUUGUUUUUAUAUGACCUGUAUCUUUGCAUAGACAAAGAAAUCAGAAAAAGGAAAAAAAAAAAAAAAAUCCCUUAAGCAAUUCAAAACCACUGCAUAUCAUAAUACUUAAUUCUUUUGAGGAUAAGCAAAUAAUCAUGUAUGGCUAUUGUAUUAAAUCUCUAAGUUGCACUAAAUCCUGUAUGAGUUCUAAAUACUUCAAGCUGAAUAUUGCAUGAGAAAAAGAAAAUAAUAUCAACAAAUAACUAUUGUCACCUUUUUACUGUAUGGAAAACUAGUUCAUUCCUUGUGCAGGGAGACAGGGCUGAUCAAAAACCCAUUGAAGCCAAGUUUACUGAGUAGGACCCUACUGGCUUCACUGGGUUUUAGUUCAGCUUUUAAGGAAGAGGUCCCACAACUGUAUCUAUGCAGUUAUAACUUUCUAGCAAUUAGGAUGCCCACUGCACCUACAGGAAAUUAUUAACCUGUCUGUCAUAACCACUAGGCAUGUGCACCCAGGCAAGCAGCUGUGCUUGGCAGCUAUUUUGCUUCAGCUACCCACUGGUUGAUGAAGAGCUAGCUCAGAUGUCUGCAUAGCACUGAACUACACAUGUGAACGUAUAUCUGUGGACAGCAAAUGUGUCUACAAGAAGCUGUGUGGAGGAUGAUAUAGCUCCACAGAGAUGUAGUAGGUGUCUCCUUAUGAGGUGCAUCUAGCCCCUUCAGUAAAGCCCGUUUGCUGUGGGCAUCAUGCAGUCUUUUUCAGUCUUUAUUCAGGCCAAACUGUAGGUAAGAGAAUGCUCUGAAAUAGAAUAAUUUAUAUAAUUAAUUUUAGUAUUCAAAAACUUGAACAAAAUUAUCAGUUAAACAAAACAUUUUUCUGAUUCUUGACUUAGUAUGAACAGUGUUAGUUUUGUCUGAAGUUAUUUUGACUGAGUACAUAGCUCAUGUGGGAUAGUUUCUGAUCCCUGGCUGGAUGCCUCAAAUUAGAUGUCUAAUAUGAAUUUGAAAUAUGUUUCAUGUCAAUACAUAUGGG